AUGAAUUGGAAACUACAUCAGCUAGAUAUCAACAACGCUUUUCUACAUGGAUAUCUAGAUGAAGAAGUGUAUUUAAAGCCUCCAAAGGGGUACAACAAAGCUCCUGAUAGAAAGGUCUGCAAACUGAGAAGAGCCUUGUAUGGUUUAAAACAAGCUUCAAGGCAAUGGAACAUUGAGCUGACAAAGUUCCUCAAAAAAAGAUCCUUCAGUCAGUCUUUUAGGGACUAUUCUAUGUUUUGCAGAGAGCAAAAUGGAAAGAUGUGCAUAGUGCUGGUCUAUGUAGAUGAUCUCUUGAUUACAGAAAAUGAUGAAGAAUACAUACAAAGACUUAAAAUUGAGCUGGACAGAGAAUUCACUGUCAAAGAUCUAGGAGAAAUGAGAUAUUUCUUGGGCUUAGAAGUGUCGAGAACUGAAAAAGGGACACUUCUAAACCAAAGAAAAUAUGUGAGUGACAUCCUACAGUUUACUGGCUUAUUGAAAUGCAAACCAGUGUCAUGCCCUUUUCCCAAAAAAAUUAAACUUUCAACAGAUGAGGGAGAGCUCAUGAGUGAUCCAGAGAGAUACAGAAGUUUAGUGGGAAAACUUCUGUACCUGAAUUUGACUAGGGCAGACAUUUCCUUUUCUGUCCAACAACUAAGCCAAUUUAUGGCUUGUCCAAGGAUGCCUCAUUGGGAAGCAACUCUCCAUGUUGUUAAAUACCUCAAGGGUACACCUGAUUUUGGCCUCUUUUAUCCAUCUAAUUCAAAAUUGGAAUUGGUGGCUUACUGUGAUGCAGAUGGAGGGGCCUGCCCUUUUUCAGCAAGGUCUCUCACAGGGUAUUGUGUCUUCUUAGGGGGAUCUCUGAUAUCCUGGAAGACUAAGAAACAAAAAACAAUCUCAAAGUCUUCAUGUGAGGCUGAAUACAGAUGCAUGUGUCACACUACUAGUGAGACUGUAUGGAUUGAUGGAGUCUUGGAGAAUUUGCACAUCACCAUUAAUCGUCCAAUACCUUUGUAUUGUGAUAACAAGUCUGCUCUCCAUAUUGCUGCAAAUCCAAUUUUCCAUGAACGCACAAAGCAUCUUGACAAAGACUGUCAUUAUGUCCGUGAACAUCUGGAAGCAGGUUUUAUAUCUACUGCUUUUGUUCGAUCUUCCUUACAGAUUGCUGAUAUCAUGACUAAGAGUCUCACUGAUCAACAACACAAAUUUUUAUGUGGCAACUUAGGACUUGUCUCUCAUAUGCAAGUCCAACUUGAGGAGGGGGUGAAGAAAUUUGCUCCUAAUUUCAAGGCUAAACCUGCUUAUCUACAAAUUACAUCAGAUUAG